UGUUUCUGUGUAGAUGUGGAUAAAUAAACGCUCAGCUGUGUCAAUAAAAAACUGAAAGACGGGAGUAAACUGACCUCGAAGUAAAGCACCGAUACUGUCAAUUUAACAGCUGCAGGGCGAUACCGAUGCAAACAGGCCUUUGCAGGACUCUAAAACGUUAUUUUCUGAGUGUCAUCCCAGUUACUGGGAAUUAUUGAUACAUAUUGAGCCUCUGCGCGUGCUUUCUGAAAACAUAAACAGGACACAGGGACAAAAUGUCUGACUUUGUCACUUUGUUUCUGAUUCUAUUUUUGGUCGUUUGUCUUAUCUUAACUUUGGUGGGCUUCGUGUUUUACACCGGUCUUCUCUCUGAAGUCGUGGUUCGAACUGGAUCACCACCGGUGAAGAAGAUCACGAUCGCAUAUAAGUUCAGUAAAGGGUCGUACAAGGCCAGCGGAGCUGUUUUCACUGAGAGCUGCAGUAUCGGACCGAAGCUGUCAUCGGUCGGGGUGUUUUACGAUGACCCCAAUCAGACUCAGGCAGAUCAGUGUCGGUAUGUUGUGGGCAGUAUACUGAGUGAAAAUGAAGAGAAACCUGAUGAACAGCUACAGCGUCUGUACGAGAAGUUUGGCUACAUGGUCAUCUCCUUUCCAGAAGUCACCUGUGCUGUGACGUCCUCAUUUCCCAACAGAUGUGCUUUGUCUCCUAUCUGUGGGGCAUAUAGAGUCUACCCUGAACUUGAACAGUAUAUAAAGGAAAGGAGUCUAAACGCGUACCCAUUCCUGGAGAUAUACAAAGGAGAUAUGAUCCAUUACAUGUGUCCUCUAGAGAACCAGACAGACUUCUGUGUCCCUGAACUUCAUGAGAAGAAAACAACAACUGAUGAGACGGAGGAAACAGAGGAGCAUAGAGACGCUGAUGUCACGGAUUCAGAGACAGGUAAAGAAUUUAGGCCUGAGUCAAGCUCUGUGAUCAAGGAGGUGGUUGAUGAGUGCAGGAACGUGGUGGAAGCAUCAGCCCCAUUGCUGGAAUGCUCUCAGCAGGCACUGGGUGAAGAAGAGGGUCAAAGUGAGGAUGGGGACCAGGGAGGCAAGGGAUCGAGUGAGUCUGUAGGCAGUGGCUCUUCCUUUGAAGAGCUGGACAUGGAAAUAGAAGAGGAGAAGGAGGAGGAAAAGAAUGAAGACCUGGAAGAAGAGGAGGAAGAUCAUAAUGGACAGGAGAAGAUAGAGGAAGAAACAGUCGGGAACAGAGAGGAGUGAGGGAUAAAGUGGAUUAGAGGGAAUGUGGGUGAAUGAUGAGUGUUUGUGUAUGCAUAUGUGCAUAUCUGAGUGUGGAUGUAUACAGUAUGUGAGAGGAAAAGAGUUUGUAUUUGUCUUUGAAAUCAUCAAAGGCUUUGUUUUCUUUUUGAAUGAGUCUUUUUGAAUGUUUGAAAUUGGCAUCCCUAAAUACGUGGAACAUUUCUUCCCUGUUAUCACAGCAAACAAUUAUUCAUUUCAUAACCUUUUAUUAAAAACCCAAUGAAACGCACAUUAUUCUUUCACUUUGUAUUUAUUUCUGUAAAAAAAAGAAAGAAAAUUAUACGUUGCUUUCUCUAUUGUCUUUCUUUCACACAGUAAUCAUGGACUACAUUUAGCCAGAAAGUAAAUAAUAUGCAUUCUGAAAAUGAGGUAACACCAUUAGCCAUUAACACUACUUAACAGCUUAAUCAGACCUUUUUCAUAAACAUGUUCAACAGAUGAUGUUUUCAGUUGUGUUUGAUUCAAAACAGGAAUAAUUAAUUGCAAGUGUUUUAUUGAUUCUGUUGUAUUCAAAUGAAACUGAAAAGAGCAGAAUAGCAGGGGAAUGCAGAGGGUAUUUUGUUAUUUGCAAUUCAAUUGCCGUAUACCAUUUUUGUCCUCCCUGCAUGCAAUUGAAAGACUAUCUAUUUGUUGUUUGGAAAAGGUUUGCUGAACAAACAGAGAGAUUUAGUAUAUGAAAAAUAUUCAAAUAUAACAAUAUAUGUUUCUCUUCCUUUAUUAUGUAUUUUUCUAUAUACAUUUUUCUGUAAUUACUUCUCACAUCCCACCUAAGAGAAACAGGGUUUAGCAUAAGGAUAUGUUUUGUUUUGAGUAAUAUUUUUGUGGAAUUGUCAUCUUAUGUGUCAGAAUGUAUUAUGCUGUUAUGUCUUCUUUUGAUACUAACAGAUAAUGUCCCUGAAAACAGUCUGCAACACUCUGUUGAUCAGGCUUUUUACAAUGUAAUUCUGCAUUCUUAAAGUAUAAAGUAUGUGUAAGGCAAAAAUGUGUUUGUGUGUUUGCUUUAACAGUGCUAUUUGCUAUUGCACCUGGUUUACUAAAGCAAACUUUUCUUUGAGGAAAAGAAGUACAAUUUUAACUUUGCUCCCAAAAAAUUAAAAUACUUCCAACCAAACGCUGAAUCACCAGAACCAAUAAUGACAUUAUUAUUAUUUAUUUUUUUGGUAACACUUUAAAAAUAAGGUUCUCUUAGUUAAUGCAUUAGGUAUCAUGAACUAACAAUGAACAAUACAUUUUUACAGCAUUUAUUAAUUAUUAAUGUUAAUUUAUCAAAAUACUUUUUUUAAUUGUUUCUUCAUGUUAUUGUUUGGUUUAUAAUGCAUACAAAGAAUAUUCAGGGUUCAAUACAAGUUAAAGGGAUAGUUCACCCAAAAAUAAAAAAUUAUCUUAUCAUUUACUCACCCUCAUGCCAUCCCAGAGGAGUAUGACUUUGUUUCUUCUGCAGAACCUAAACAAAGAUUUUUUUGGAAGAAUAUCUCAGCUCUGUAGGUCCAUACAAUGCAAGUGAAUGGUGACCAAAACUUUCAAUAUGGAGAUCCAAUCGGUUUUAGGUGAGAACAGGCCAAAAUGUAACAUCUGCAGUCUCCUUGGCGAUCAUGAUUUCAAGCUCAAUUACACUACCUAGCAUCAUCCAGCGCUAGGAAGUGUAAUCAAGCUUGAAAUCAUGAUCGUGCCUAGAGACUACAAUGGUAUGAUAUACAGUAAAAACGGAGUUACAUUUUGGUCUGUUCUCACCCAAAACCGAUCGCUUUAGAAAACACGGAUUUAACCACUGGAGUCAUAUAGAUUACUUAUAUGCUGCAUUUGUGUGCUUUUCGGAGCUUCAAAGUUUUGGUCACCAUUGACUUGCAUUGUAUGGACCUACAGAGCUGAAAUAUUCUUUCAAAAAUCUUUGUUUAGGUUCUGCAGAAGAAACAGUCGUACACAUCUGAGUAAAUGAUGAGAGAAUUUUCAAUUUUGGGUGAACUAUUCCUUUAAUCCCAGUUAACAGCAUAAUGCUGAUUUCCACAUUAUUUCAGAUUAUUUUAUUUCAGAUUUUUUUAAGGAUUGCAUUUGUUGUAUUUUGUAUAUUUGUAUUUGUUUCUUUUAUGUUAGAUAAUGUUAUGCAAUUAUUGUGUAUUUUAAUGUACAUGUAAGGUGUCCUUGAGUGUCCUGAAAGGUGUCCAUAAAUAAAAUGUAUUAUU